GUUUUCGGUGUGCAACCCCUGACCCUGCUCCGCGAAUUUUGCUUGUUUGACCGAAACAUGCAGGAUUUUCUCGGCGCGGUCACGGGCCAGGUCAGCCUGCUGUGCUUCCUGAUUGCGGUGGCGCCGACCCUGUUGGACUACGAAGAUAGCGCGGACGAGAUGAAGUCAGUGAUAUGGCGGGAGACUGCUGCAAGAACAGAACUGCAUGUUGUGCAAGAACGCGUGCCAACUCUUUCAGAAGGAAACUCGUCGCACGGUCCACGUCGGGACUUGGACGCCGACCAGCAAAGUCGCUACUACCGAGAUCCGCUCCUCUUCCCGCUUUUCACAUACCCCCAGGCCAUUUUGCUCCACCGCCGCAGCGCGUCGCUCGGGAUUGCCGCGGGAAUCGCGCACGCCGCUUGCCAGCUCUUACCGGCGGAAAUCUUGUUUAGUGUGAAAAGAAAUAACUUUGUGGGCACGUCGUCCUCGCCCACGAGUGGUGGCGCAGACGACGCGAACGCAUCGGGUGUGAUGAAAUUAUCCUUGAUGUCGCCAACUACAGCCAGAAGAUUUACUACUGGAAGACUCAUAUCGCAGAGAAAUAGCCUGCCUUCCCAUUAGGGGAGAAAAAUCUUGCCAUCUCUACAAAAAUUUUGUACCACCAGAACACGCGCAAAAACAAGGUUGUUUUUUGGGGUCCCAACCUAUUUGGCGGCCCGCUUCCGGGCCCCACAGCCCCGGCAAAUUUGGCUGGCGGCUGUCGCGUUUCACAUAGUAGGAGCUUCGGCCGGAAGCCAUUGGGAAGGAGCGACCGGCGCCGCCGUGCGCUCGUCCUCCCGUGUUUCCUAGGUGCCAAAGGCGGCCAGGAAGUUGGCCCGGCUCCAGGCCCGAUGCAGCCCGGCGGGCGCAUCAGGUCCAGACCUGUUGUGGCCCAGCCGACCUGGAGGAAAGCGUCUGGCCCCGGAGCUCACACUUGCCAACAACGAGAGCCCCAGAACCCACCCCCAAAAACGACCCCCAAAAGCGACCCCCUUCCCCCCCCUAGAAACAGGCGAUUUGAAGUACCCCCAAAAACGACCCCCCCAGCCACCCCCCUUCGGGGCCGGGCAGGGCGAAAUCUGGAAGAGCUUUCUUGUUCUUUCCAGCACUCUCGCCUUGGCCACUCGUAGGCGCCAUCGCCACUGGCGAGGGGCAGAGGCCCUUAAGCCUUGCCAUGGGCUGCGCGCUCACCGCAGAGAUUCCCUGCCCUUGCACGGCCAGCACAUGUGGAGCAAGACUAAAAGACGCCCCGACAAUCGAAGCAGUCACAGACCACGGCCGCCCAUGCGGGCCCAAUCGAUUCGGGCUGGCUGUGCGCGCUCGCUGACUGCCUAAAAAAAUAAAAAGUUUAAAGCCCCAAAAAACAGCCUUUUUUUUUCGCGUGUUCUGGUGGUACAAAAUUUUUGUAGAGAUGGCAAGAUUUUUCUCCCCUAACCCAUAUUAAAACUCCGCAGGAUCAUGUUAACCCACUCGCUCAACCCGGUGAUUCAUCUUCCCCACGAGUGCCAGCAUUCUUCGACUCCGCCACGACGGCGAUAAUCUCCACACUCACUGAUUUUACCCCCACCCCGUGGUCCCUGGGUCACGGAUUUGGCGCUCUGGCUCUGUUCGUCAUUCUCUGCAACGGUGUUUUGGGCUGUAUGGAGUUCUCAACUGUUACACUCAUUCUCAACUGUUACGUGAAUUUGUCAUGCGGAACUACCAUCAAGAUCCACACGAGAAAGCUGCUUCGCAUGACAAACUUGCGAAGGGCUAAACAGCAUCUACAUCUGUGCAGAACUUGUCAUGCUACAGGUGCAGCCUCCCCCCUUUCACUUUUGCAUGUCUUGCAUCACAAAUUCAUGUAACAGUUGAGAAUGUAACAGUUGAGAGCGCCAUAGGCUGGUUUCGCCGCCGGCACGGCGUGUACCGCUGGUUUCUGCUGCUCCACUAUCAAAGGGAAAAAUCCCCCCUCCCCAUAUUGAAAAGGUAUACUCCCGAAAAUUUGUGUUGCUGAUUUGAGGUCACAAAUCACUUUUGUCUUGCAAGAAGACAAGGGCAUAAGCUUCCGCCCCAUGAUGGAAGCGAUUCGCGAUGCUGUUGGGCCUACAGGGCAGCCGUUUGCAAUGCUGAACAACUAGACCCGUCCGCCCCUACCUAGCCUGGGGAUCUGGCCGCAAUGCUUUCCUGCAAUACAGAGCUGGUUCGUGUACACAGAUCCAGCAUUAGGAGUUCUGUUUUGAUAUGGGGAGGGGGGAUUUUUCCUUUUGAUAUCCACCGAGCCAGCUGGACGCUGAUCCUGAUUUUUCUGGCGGCCCACACCCUCUCGGUGGCCAUGGUUUGCUUCGCUCUGCUUGCGUGGCGGUGUUUUCUGAAGAGAAGUAAACCGGAAGUCCGGUUUCGGGUACGGGAGGUGGCGCGGCUCUCGGAUGGAAGUCACAUGGUGCGAGUUUUGCUAUCGCGGGAAGUCGAAGUUCUAGGGGAAGGAAAUGAAAACUUCAUUGCCGUUCCUCCCGGUGGCUUCGUGAUGGUGCGGAGUGCUGCCCCAACUGGAGAUGGCCGGCCCGCCCGCGGCCGCCUGUCGAUCCCGACAACAGACGUCGCCCAUCCAUUUUCUGUGUGCGGUAUUUCGCGCACACAAAUAUUACAGACCUCGAGAGUACUAGAGGAAAGCCGCGGCCCAGCGGCCACACAAGGACAAGAUCAAGAGCAGCAGCGGAAAGUAGAGCAUUGUGCUGCUGCCGAAGGUGCUCUUCGCCCGGAGAAUACAAAACAAGAUGGCCCCGCCGCCUCGGCGCCAGCCGUCGACGAUGAAGCUCCUGCUUCUCGCAACAUCCAACUGGUUCGAGAAACUUUGUCCCUUCUGGUGAAAGAUGAACCGGAGAGCUCAACAGUUGGCGCUUCUAUGACCUUCAGCAGCGGCGGGAGAACCACGUCUGCAACUACAGUUGUGAGAGAUGUCGAUAACACGUGGACUCGGCGUAACCUGCUCCAAGAGGGCAGGGAUGUUUUAGUAGCAGGGGGGUACUACGGAAAUUUGAUGUUGCCCCGUGUCAGAGAUGAGAGCCCGAGUGGUCUUUUUCAUCCUACCGAAGCCAGCGCUCCUGACUGCAACACCAGCUCCAAGUUCGAUUCGGUGGUUCUGAUCGCCGGCGGGCUAGGCAUUACGCCCAUGCUGAGCUGCUUGGAACGUUUUGCGAAUAUUAACCGGAGUAGUUGUGCCAGUUUUUCUCGCAGUUGUUCCGUGGAUGUUGAUCUCCUACUACUUAAACAGCAAAAUCUGAGCCUCAUUUGGCUGACCAGGGAGCCGUUGGAAGAGGACGCAUGGCGCAAGCUGAACGCGUGGCACCCACAGUUGGAGACAGUGCCGAAGUUGUACGUGUACCAGACUGGUGCAGCUCGUACAGGACCACAGCAAGAGGCGGCCAGCGGACGCUGUAGAAGUGUGCACGAGUCCGAAGUUCUUGCAGCCUUCCCGCACUCCGGCGUGCCUCAACUUUAUCGGACAAGUAAUCGUGUGCAGUUCUGUGCAGGCCGACCUACUGCCGAAGAUUGGCAGGCGAUGUUCCUAGAGACUCAAGAUCAUGUUGAAGGAACAUCACAGGAGAGGGCCACGACUGCAGCGACUACGACUAGCUCAAACAAUGUGGCCUUCAACAGCAUGGGAAAUAAGCAAAGAAAAGUUCUCAUUUGUCUCUGCGGCCCUGAGGCUAUGAUUUCGAACGUGACGUCGCGUGUCAGCUGGAGGUUGCGGGCCAAGCCACUUUCACAGUUCGCGAGGAACUGUUUCACUGGUAGGAGGACAAACGAAGGUGAACAAGACAAACCACGCUGCUGGUCGUCCUGACGAGUGCGACUUCAUCACGACCUCAUUUCAAUUUGACUAUGAAGACGAGACUGUGACACGACAUCUGAGCAGAACAUAAUCGAUGUGCUUGUGUGAGCUGGCUUCCAUCGUGUUGUUGUAUUAAUUUGUUCUUCUACCAAGUAGCAUUUUUUUGGGCCGCGGCGGGACUUGUUGUGCCGUACAAAGUAAGUAAGAUUUCCGCGGUGCCCGUGGUGAAAGUUAUCGCUCUCCCACAUGAAUUUCGCAAUGCGAAGUUCAGAAAAGCAAAAGGCCCACCGCAGCGUAUGAUGAUGAUGAGCGCAGUGGACUUAUCAGCAUCUGUCUCUCUUCACAUUUGGGUGAGUGUUUGAAUGUGUCAGUGUCUGAAUUUGAACAAUGAAUAACCAGAGCUGGCGCUGAGAACAACGACCACGACAACCUGCUACAACGAACCGCACUGAAAGAAUGUUUUGACAACUGACCAAUCAU